UCUCCAGUGUACUUCAAGGGUUGGAAUCGUAACUGUGUGAUGCACUGUGCUUGAAAAAGGCCUCUUCUAACAUGUUGCAUUAGCGGACUUAUUUUCAAGUGCUGAGAAACGAAAAGAAAAUCGUGCCCGGGCUGAACUGCGGGACAGAACUGAGACACCGAGGAACGUCUAGCGGUAAUUCAGAACAAAAGUGUGCAAGGUUUUUAUUAGUUCGCAAAUAGUGUGCAUAGGAAUAAUACAUACAGUAUUCGCAAGGAUUCCACAAAGAGUCGAGAGACGGGAGAAGGUAGCAGCAACGGGAGCGAGAAAGGAGCAAGAACUGCCUGCCGAGCGAAAGAGAUCUGCUUUUGUGUUCCUGCCAUCACGCAUUUGUUAAAGGAACAAUGAGUAACAUUUGGAUUAUCUGGACUUGUGGAGUUGUGGCAUUACUUACGGGGGAGAGGAUAAGUGUUGUGGCACAGUCACGGGCGCUUGGAGAAGACCUGUACCUAGAUGAGCAACAGUCUGGAGACUAUCCUGUUGAUGAUGAUGAUUUCCCCUCAGCCUCUGGCUCAGGUGUAGGUGAACCCCAAGAGGAGAUGGACAGUGCGGACACUUUGUACAUCGCCCCCAAAGCAGAGUCCACCCAGGACCCCACCAAAGACCUCACGCUCAGAGUAGAGACAUUCACAUUCAGAGACACACCCAGAAUACCGGCCAGGACAGAGACCCCUCUUCUGUUCACAGAAGAAGCUAGCAGUAGGAAUGAGGCUACAAGAACCACCAGCACACCUAAGGUGGUGCGGAAGGGAGACAGACCCAUCAAAAUGCAGUCUGAAGACCUCCUCCAGAGGACAGAAGUGCUUGCAGCGGUUGUUGCAGGAGGAGUGAUCGGCUUCCUGUUUGCCAUCUUCCUCAUCCUCCUUUUGGUGUACCGCAUGAGGAAGAAGGACGAAGGCAGCUAUGACCUCGGGGAACGCAAACCUACCAGUUCUGCUUACCAGAAGGCUCCUACCAAGGAGUUUUAUGCAUAGACAACAACUACAAGGCCUUAAAGAAACAACUUUCAGGCCUUAAAGAGAAAACGUCCAGGCCUUAAAGGAAUGAAAUAAUAUUGACUGCUGGGCAUUAGAGAAAUUACAACAAUUUGAAUGAUUGGGCCUUAUAGAAAUCACCAGAACAACUGUGAGGCCCUUAGCAAAUGACAACUAGCAGGCCUUAAAGGAAAAAAGUAGUGUCGACUGACAGCCCUUAAAGUAAUGAAACAGCAUAGGCUACUGGGUCUUAAAGAUAUGGCAUUCUGAUCACUGAUGUGGAACUUUUUCAAAUUGAGGAAAUAAUUGCAAGAAGAGUUUUGUAUCAAGCAAUUUAAUGAAGACCCUUUCUUCUUUUUUCUUUUAUGAACAGGGCUUAUUUUAUGGGAAAUCCC